ACUUCCGUGUUUCUUUUCGCGCGAAGCCAUUCCUAUAGUAGUUGGAACCGGUAACCUGCAAGUUGUGAACAAUUUGCAGAAGUGUAACCUCAAACUGAAAUACCUCCACGGUUUCAAAGAGGGCCUUGUUGAAGAUGUCCGAGUCGAGACGAAGGGCCAGCCGAGGCAGUCAGGACGAGGCUGCUGGUCAUGGUAAUGGAGUGGGUGGACGCAGUAGACCAGACAGAUCAACAGACACGGGUGAAGAUGAUGAAGGUGCAGGUCCAUCAGGGAUCCAUGAGGAAGAUGACGACCCUGCACGGCGACGGGAGAUCAGAAGCCAAUACAGGGAUCUCAUCAACUCUGUUCAGCAAAACCGUGAGGACAUGCUGAAUCCUGCCAACAAUAAGCUGUUUGAUGUGUUAGAGGAGGCCAACAAACUGUUUGCUAAUGUCAGGCAGGCUCGAGAGGCUGCGCUGGAUGCACAGCUGCUUGUCUUAGCCACAGACCUGGGGAGAGAAAAGGCCAGCCAGUUGCAUGCUGAGGGCUCAGCGUUUGACCCAUCUGCGUUUGCAGAGCAUUUGUUAUCCUUCAUGGGUUUCAAUCGCUUAGAAGAGGAGGAGGAUGGUGAUGCUGGUUUGGAUGGGUAUAUGCCUCCAGAUGCCUGGCACCGGCUUUCCAAAAGAGCACAACAUUGCUUCAAAACAGCCCCUUCAUUCCACUACAUGUUUGGCUCGUUUUUGGCUGAACCACCACCACCACGGCAGCGGGUCGAGAGACAAAGGAAAGCUCCCAGCAAAGAAGCAAAACGAAUCAUGCCCACUCAGCUAAAGAAAAUGGAAGAAUCACAUCAGGAAGCUACAGAGAAAGAGGUGGAGAGGAUUUUGGGGUGCCUUCAGAGUUACUUUGCUGAUGACCCACAGUCCCCCAUAUUGUAUUACGAGUUUGUUGUUGACCCUACCUCCUUUUCCCGGACAGUGGAGAAUAUUUUCCACACCUCGUUUCUUAUCAGGGAUGGACUGGCAAGGAUUUAUCUAAACAGUAACAAACUUCCUUGUAUAGCUCCAGUUGAAGAGGGUGAGUUAGAGCCUGGUGGUGCGAACACCCGUCAUCAGUGUGUCGUCUCAAUCAGUCCAGCUAGCUGGAGGGAGAUCAUCGAGGCCUUUGAUAUUAAGGAGGCUUUGAUUCCCACCCCAAAAGUAUUGUCACAGGAAAGCUGAUUUAAAAAAAGAAUAAUUCAUAUUGUUUUCAUUACUUCACUAUUUAUAGUGAAAAAAAGGAUUUUUAGAAUUACUCACAAAUUCUAAGUGUAUAUUAUGUAUUUAAAAUGUGCUGAGGGUCACAUUGGGGUUUUAUAAUGUAAGAAAAGUAUAUGUUACCAUUUUAAUAUUGUAAAAUAAAAUUUACAUGAUCUCUGA